AUGCUUUAUAAUAGUAUUUUUAAGACUAAGAAUUAGAGUCCCAAUAAUGUAAAAACAAAGUAAUAAAAGCGUUAAAGUUCAAUUGAGAAACCUAAGAAAGAAAGAAUAAAAUUGUAAUUAUCUAGCAAAAUUGACUAAUUUGAAAAGGAAGCAAUAUUGAGUAUGAUAAAUUGUAAAAAGAAAUCAGUAAAUAAAAGACUUGUAAUAAUAUAGUUCAACUUAGAAAACAGAAUAAGGAAUAGAUAUAAUUGAUGAUUACUUAAUUUUAGAUUAAUACAAUACUAAUAAAUAAUAUAAAUCCAGAUCAUUUAGCAAUGCAUUUCCAUCUAAUAAAAGUGCAGAUAGAAAAGAUAAUAUACUUAAUAAUAGUAGUAAAAGACAGCAAAAUAAUAAGUAAAAAUAUUCUCUUGAAGAUGAUUUGUGUCUUGAUAAUUUUCCAUAAUAAUAUCAUAAAAUCAAACUUCUUGGUAAAGGUGGAUUCUCUUUAGUUUGGUUGGGAGAACAUAAAACCACAAAAAUGAGAGUUGCAAUUAAAUAAAUAAAAUAAUCUAAUUCAAAUCAAACUUAUCUACGUGAAAUAUGGUUUGGAUCUCAUUUUUUUAAUAAUGGGAUUCCAAAACCUUAAUUUAAAUCAAUUUUAGGAAUUAAAAGUUUAGUAUAAUAUUUAGGAUAUGAUAUUGGAAGAUCUGAUACGUGGAUUUUUACAGAAGUAUGUGGAGAGAAUUUAAAAAAUACUCUUUAUGAUUUGAAAGGAUAAUAAAUAAAAAAUGAAAUUGUAUUCAAAGUAAUUAAUCAUUUCAAUAUUCAAGAUGAUCUAAAAACCAUUAUAUAUAUGUUUAAAAUAAGAUCUUAAUAUUCUAAAAAAGAUUAUCAAAGACCUUGCUCAUGCUUUAAUAUUAUUAACUGAGUAACGGAUUGUUCAUUGCGAUCUUAAAACAGAAAAUAUACUAAUUAAAAAAUCUAGAUGUCUUAAUGGAUCUUAUAUUAUUACUCAAACAAAAUUAAUUGAUUAUGGAAGUAGUUUCAUAUUUGAUGAUCUCUCAUAAUUCUCUAUGGCAACUCCUGAAUAUAUGUCUCCAGAAAUCUUAAAUUAUAUUUAAUAUGAAAAUGGUAAGGAUUAUGAUAUCAAAUUAUUUGAAGUUUUAUAAAAUUACUAUAAACCUUGGGUAAUAGAUAUAUGGUCAUUGGGUUGUGUAAUUUUAGAAAUAGUUUAUGGGAUCCCUCUCUGGUUGUAAAAUAAAAUUAUUGUUAAAUAACAUAAUAAGGAAGUAAUUGAACAAGGCUUAUUUGCUGUAAAAAAUAGAUCUUUUGAUCAAAUUAUUUAAAAAUAAGCUUAUGUUAUUAAAAAUCUAGACUAUUUUCUAGACAAUAAUUAUUCAGGUAUUCCAAUUUUAUUUAUUAAGAGGAAUUAAAGUUGAUUUAGAAAUUAGACUCUUACUACGAGAAAUGCUUACUAUUAAUCCAGAUAAAAGAAUAGCUCCUCAUACUAUUAUAGAAUUUCUUUAACCUAAUAAAGGAAGAUUAAAAACUGAAUGA